AUGCCGACACAAAAUAAUUUAAACUCUGGGAAAAUUGAUGCUAUAAAAAAUUAUAUACAAAAUUUUGAUUACAAGAAUACAAAUGAAAGUAUUAAUGGUUUUGUACAAUUGUUAAAAGAGAUAAAUAUCAAAAUGGUUGUUUUUGAUUUUGAUCUUACUAUAAUUGGUAGUCAUUCAGGUGGAUAUAUUGAUAAGUUAAAUGAUGUAGAUAAUAUUGGAUUAUCUGUAACAAAUGAUUUUAAAAUAUUUUCUAAAGCAUUAUGCUUAAAUAAUAUUAAAAUAACUGUUGCUACCUUUUCUGACGAAGAAGCUAUUAGAUAUAGUAAAAGAAGUUCUCCUAAUUUAAUUGCGGGUGAAGAAUUAGUUCAUCAUUGUUUAAAAAAAAGCAAGUGUGAUACAAAAAUAGAAAAAGUCUAUGCAUAUUAUCCAUAUUUUUAUAAAGAUCCUGAAAAAUACAGAGCAUUGCAAUUAGAAAAACCCAUGACUAAUGAUAAAUCUUUUCAUUUGGAAAAGAUUAGAUUAGAGUUUUUUGUAAAUUUUGAUGAGAUUAUAUUUAUUGAUGACGAUAUAAAUAAUUGUGUUUCAGCUAAAAAGGAAGGAUACAUUACUUUUAAUGUUACAGGGAAGGAUGGAUUUAAUUUUAAAAAUAUAAAAAUUAUGUAG